GCUACGCAUUAUGGAAGACGAUAGGAUAGCAUUUUCCGACGAAACUAGCUCCAAACUGGAAAAACAGAGGAAAAUUAUCCAGCAAUUGCGAGAAGAAAAAGCGAAACUCUGCGAAGACAUCAACGUGGCCGCGUGUAGAAAUCAAAAAAGGAGAGACCAAAAAAUGUCUGAGGAAAUUUACAACUUGAUGGAUCUUCACGAAGAAUAUCGUGCGAAGGUCAGAGCUGAAAAAGAAGAAAUCGUCGAAAUGGAUGUCCAAAUUAGAAAGUUGGAAGCAGAUAUAAAAAGUUUGAGACCAAACACUGCUGUAACUGACAACGAUUUCCAAACUCGCCUAACUAGUGGUCAGAAAAUGGUGCACAUUUUAAAAAACAGGCUUGACAAUAUGGUAAAGAAAUUUUGUGCCAUUUUAGCUACUAAUAGGGAACUCAGAGAAGAAAUUAAUCAUUUGCUGAAAGAACGAAAUCACUUUAAUGAAAUUUGUGAAAAACUUCUAAAAGACAUUAGUGUAGGUAAAAAGUUCAUGGUUGACCUAAUUGAACAAGCAACUAUUGCAUUUGACCAACGCGAAGAAUGGUGCUCUAAGCUAGAAGCUCUUAAAAAGAGGGCUGAGGUUGAUUACAUUCUUCAUUCGGAAGAAAUGAGAGAAAUUCAAAGAAGACUCGAUCACUAUAUGACUCUCAGAGAGUUUCUAUGUAUUAAAGGCCAAAAGAGAGUUUUAAAAGACCUUGAAGAAAAAGAAAGAUUGAAAAAGGAAACGCAGCAACAAGAACUAGAGGAUCAAUUAGAAGUUUACGAGACUACUUUGAAGAAAAUUCAGACAUUUUGUAAUGAAGAAGAUGUGGAUCGAAUAGCAGCACUGUUUUUGAAACAAGAAGAGGAAAAUUUUGCUCUUUUCAAUUAUGUUAACGAAUUGAGUCAUGAAAUUGAAUCUUUGAACAAUUCUAUGGAGGAAAUUCAGGAGAAAAUCGAGGAGCAAAUAGAAUUAAGCAACGAAAGAGCAAAACAGCGUCAAGCUACUCUGAGCACUUUACAAAAAGAAUUGGAAGCUGUCACAAAACAAUCAAAUGACGACGAAAAGGGUGUCCAACAAUCAGACGAAAAUUUGAAAAAAGUGCUUAACGGAAUUGAGGAAAUCUUUAAUAUUGUUGGAUGCGAUCGAGGACCAAUAUUAAAGUUACUUGGUGAUAAUGCUGCUAUUAAUCUUUUUAAUGUAAAAAUCUAUUUGGGAACAAUAGAGAAAAGAUUGUCUUCAAUUAUCACUGAUUUAUAUUUUGCAGAAAGAUCUAUAUUACCUCAUGGUAAGAAGGUGAAAGGCGUAGCUUCUCCUCAUUAA